AGAUAUGUAGAGCGGCGCUUGAUCUCUGGAACGGGUCAGUCGGCUGGGAGGUGGGUGAACAGCUUGUCCGUGGCGCAGAGCGACACAUAUGCCGUCUUUUUGGAGUCUGACAGACCGCUGGCAAGUGCGCAGGUAUUCGUCGCAGGUAGCAGCGUCGGUUCUUUAACGCACCGCUGAAUAAGCCGACGAGGAGGAGCAGGAGAAGGAGGAACACGAGGAAGCGGCCAGGUGGGGCAGAAAGGUGUUGUUGUAGCGGCCCGGUGAGAGGCGAAAGCGCCGUGAGCAGGAGGCGACGAAGAUGCCGGUGAAGACGGAGGUUUUGCAGAAGGAGGAGUCCGUCGUGCAGGCCGUAGACAUUGACAGGCCUUACUGGGAUCAGAGCACUUAUCGCGGUCGAGCCCUGCAUUUCCUCACGGUGACAAAUCCGCUCAAUAUCUUCGCUUCGACGAAGGAACUCGAGCGCGCGCGCGAAGUCGUCAAGAAGUACAGAGAGAGCGACGACGCGGACCUGGGCAAGUUCGGGAUCACCGAGAACGAAUUGUGGCGAUGCAAAUAUCUUUACGACAGCGCCUUCCAUCCGGACACCGGCGAGAAGAUGCUGUUAAUUGGCCGUAUGAGCGCCCAAGUGCCCAUGAACAUGCUGAUAACCGGCUGUAUGAUGACAUUCUAUAAAUCGACGCCGGCCGUGAUAUUUUGGCAGUGGAUCAAUCAGUCGUUCAACGCUGUGGUGAACUACACGAACCGCAGCGGCUCCAAGCCGAUCGCGUCGGAUACAUUAGCGCGGAGUUACAUCGGUGCAACCGGAGGCGCCGUCAUCACUGCGCUGACCCUGAAUCGUCUGGCCCAGCAUGGCCCACCAUUGGCGGGCCGUUUGGUGCCGUUGGCGGCGGUCGCUGCGGCUAAUUGCGUGAACAUUCCUCUCAUGAGGAUCACCGAACUGCAGAACGGUAUUGAAUUACAAAACGCAGAAGGCACGAAGGUCGGCCAGAGCAAGCGCGCGGCAAAACAGGCAAUCGUGUCUGUCACGUUAUCGCGAAUACUAAUGGCCUCUCCGAGCAUGGUAUUAGCGCCGAUAAUUAUGAAUUACUUGGACCGGAAGAAGCUGUUGCGUAACAUGAAAUGGGCCGCCGGGCCGAUUCAAGUGCUCAUCUGCGGAGUCUGCCUUACUUUCGCGACGCCGCUCUGCUGCGCCCUGUUCGCGCAACGCGUCCCUAUCCCGGUGCACCAGCUAGAACCAGAAGUGCGCAGCAAGAUACAGUCUUCCCAGCCCGAACUGGAUACGGUGUACUACAAUAAGGGCCUUUGAAGAUUGAAUUGGGAUUGGAUGCCCGCGCGAGUCUUCACGAUUAUCUCUGCAUAUACAGUCCAAGAGCGCGGCCUACUCUCUCCCUCUCCCCCUCCUUCUCUCUCUCUCUCUCUGUUUCAAGACUCACAGGUAUGGAAAGACUAUGGAAGCAUUCCCGCGAGCUCGACGUUCGGACAGCGGCCGAACGCGCGUUCCUCACCGGAGGACUUUCAACAAGGAGUCCCACGCGAAUUCCACUUAACUCUACUCGCCGAAUCGGACGACUGGAACUUCCGCAAACAAUCGAGACUACGGAAACCUACCGCAUCAGCGAUAUCGCAAACGAUUCUUUUAAUUGCGAACGCACGUCCAGAUACAUAUCUUCCUCUCCAUUUCGAUCUUCGCGUCAUAUAAUUUCGUAAGAUUCAAGAGAUCCAGGAUUAAACGUAACGAACGGGUAACGAAGACAAUAAAAUAUUGUAUGUUCCGAACAA